AUGAUUUGUUUAUAUUCGACAUGGGAAAGUGGGGUGUUACAAUUGGUUUCAGAGCAGUACUUAGUUGAAAUGGUUGGACGAAACGAUGCUGCGAUUGCUGCUGCUUUUGAGGCUAUGGCUCAAGCUCUGGAACAACAACCGAAUGCUGGUGAGAAUGCUGGAUCUCGCAGUUUGGCUACCUUCCAGAGGGAGAAUCCGCCGGUCUUCAAAGGCAAGCAUGACCCCGAUGGAGCAUUGGAAUGGUUGAAGGAGAUCGAGAGGAUCUUCCGCGUAAUGGUUUAUACUCAGGCACAUAAAGUUCGCUAUGGGACGCAUAUGCUAGCAAUCGAAGCUGACGACCGGUGGCUAGCAACUCUUCAAAGAUUAGAAGCUACAGGUGAAGAGAUCACUUGGGCUGUGUUCCGAAGAGAAUUUCUGAGGAAGUAUUAUCCUGAGAGUGUUAGGGGUAAGAAAGAAAUUGAGUUCCUCGAACUAAAACAGGGGAACAUGUCGGUGACUGACUAUGCUGCGAAGUUCACUGAAUUGGCCAAAUUUUAUCCAUACUUUGAUGGGGAGGGUGCAGAAUUUUCAAAGUGCAUCAAGUUUGAGAACGGGUUGCACUCUGAAAUCAAGAAGGCUAUAGGGUAUCAGCAAAUCCGCAUUUUUCCUAACUUGGUAGAUAGCUGCAGAAUUUUUGAGGAGGAUAAUGCUGCUCAUUAUAAGAUUGUCAGUGAUAGAAGAGGCAAGCAGAAUCAGCAACGUGGCAAGCCUUAUGACGCUCCAGCUAGAAAGGGAAAACAGAGGGCUGCUCUAGGCCAGAGAACAAGUGGGGGAGGUGCUCCUGCUCGGAUUGUGUGUUUUAAGUGUGGAAAGGCUGGUCACAAGAGUACUUACUGCACUGACGAAGUUAAGAAGUGUUUCCGUUGUGGCAAGACUAGUCAUAUGAUGUCUGAAUGUCGACAUAAAGAAGUAGUUUGUUUUAAUUGCGGCGAAGAAGGACACAUUGGAAGUCAAUGUCCGAAGCCGAAGAAGGCACAAGCUGGUGGUAAGGUGUUCGCGUGUGCUGGUACUCAGACAAGUACUAAGGACAGACUCAUUAGAGGUCUUGUUCUAUCUUCUAUGAACGGCGAGAUGGUAGUUGAGGUUCCAGCUAAAGGAUCUGUGACUACAUCUCCUAUUUGUUUAAAGUGUCCGUUGUCGAUCUUCGGCAGGGACUUUGCUGUUGAUUUAGUGUGUUUGCCGUUAGCCGGGAAAGACACUGUGAGAUUUUCAACUGCCGAAGAGGAAGAAGCUGGUUUAAUGUCGUCUAAGCAUGUACGACAGUUGUUGAAAGAAGAAGUAGAGAUGUUCUCGUUAAUGGCAACAUUGUCAAUCGAGAAUCAGAAUAUCAUCGAUGAGCUACCAGUGGUGCGUGAAUUUUCUGAAGUUUUUCCUGACGAAAUUCCUGACGUGCCGCCAGAAAGAUGA